AUGGAUGCAGCUCUCAGAUACUUGAAUCACUCUCUUCUUCAUAGUGAUGAAAUCAGUCUGAAUGAUAUACUAGAGAUGCACAGAAGAGUUCUUGGAAAUGCUAAUCCAAUCGACGCUGGACGAAUCCGAACUACACAGGUGUUUGUUGGAAGAUUCACGCCUGUAGCUCCCGAGUAUGUGAAGGACCAAUUGGAUGAGCUCGUCGAUUGGUUGAGGGAUCCUGGUACACUGGAAAUGAGUCCUAUCGAGAGAGCUGCUAUUGCUCACUACAAACUUGUUGUUGUGCAUCCAUUCAUUGACGGCAAUGGGAGAACGGCUCGACUCCUCCUGAAUCUGAUUCUAAUGAGAGCGGGCUUCCCACCUGUAAUUCUGCCAGUCGAAUCACGGGCCGAAUACUACGCAACUUUACACACGGCGAACCUCGGCGACUUACGUCCAUUUGUGCGAUAUGUCGCGAGGCAUACGGAGAACACCCUAAAGUUCUACAUUAGUUCGGCCGAGUCUUGCGUCCCAGCGGAUUGUCCAGAGCACGAGCUUCAAGGAGAAGAAAGUGAACGAAUACAGUCUUGA